UUUGUACACCUCUUUGAAGCUUUGCCGCGCAGGGCUGGUUCUUCAACUUUCCAAAGUCCCUCCGCCUUUUACCUGGCGUUGUCUUUCACGACCGGCGGUGGGAAGAACUUCUCCCUCUACCUAUCCAUUCUCAAAGAUAUAAACCUCGUGCAAGACCGCCUUCAGAAUGAGCCAGCAAGACCAGCAAGCCUCUCGAAACGCAUUGAGUUACUCCUCAACUCACCAAGCAUCGCCCACUCAAGCAUCGUAUACAGAUCAAGACACAAGCGAGCUUCUACGCAAGCUCCAAGAAACCACAAUUGCGGCUUUGAGGACAUCGAACAAUACGAUGGACUCCCACGGCGGCGGCAGCUCGAAGGGCACCUCACCCGAUGACAAAGGCAAAGGCUACGAUCAGUAUGCCAUCUUCGACGGCUUACUUCCUCGGAUAGAGACCAGAGGACAGAGCAAAAACUCGUCGAAGAAGAAUAGCGGCAAGAAGAAGGAAAGCAAGGGCUCAAGUCAACAGUACGUUUCCACGGCGGACAACCAACCAGCGGGUGCUGAUGGACCGAGUCAUAGUUGAAGAAGUCACGGC